CCGGUUUUUUUUUUAGUCAGGAAAUAUUUUGGACUACUAUUUCCGAAGGGGUCCAUAACGUCACUAUACGCAUGCGAUCUGCUUGCUGGUUGCAGCUUUAAUUGAGCGACGAUUUGACAAUUUACGCUCCGAAAUAAGCAUUUUUUAAAGCACUUUUUAAGGAAGUCUGACGAAAAACUCGCAAUUACGAUCACGUUUUAUACACUGGUUCAACAUGUUUAGUUCUGGCUGCCGUGCCCUUCAGGAUCUGCUCGGCCAAAUGACCAUCAGGAGCUUUUCCGUGACUCCUGUCCAGAGCACCGUGGUGGUGGAGCGCUGGUGGCAGGUGCCCCUGUCUAAAGUGGGCAGCCCCCCGAGGUUGUACCCCCGCAGGCACCGCGUCUACAAACUGGUCGAGGACACAAAACAUGCUCCCAAGGAAAAGAUGGAGCUCAUCCUCACACAGACUGUCCCCAAGCUUGGUGGUCGUGGAGAGACGGUGUUUGUCAAAAAGUCAGUGGGCCGUAACAAGCUGCUUCCGCAGGGGCUUGCCGUGUAUCCAUCUCCGGAGAACAAGAAGAUCUUUGCGGAGGAGUUAAGGCUUUUGCGGGAGGGCACGAGCGAGGAGAGAAUGCAAACUCGAACUGGACAACUGACGGUCGAGUUCCUGAAGAAAUCCAAGUUGAGAAUCAUCAAAAUGCCCUCUAAAGACUUUAAGAUGACUAGUGAAGUUGUGAGGAGGCAGUUUCUUCGAAAGCUGAUCAUGGUGGUUCCUCCACACGCCUUGAAGCUUCCAUUUGAGCCCAUCACAGAAUGUGGCAACUACUGGUGUGAAGUAACGGUGAACGGAAUGGACACAGUCCGCGUCCCGAUUUCUUUAGUCCCGUACGAGGACAAGUCGGUCAGACAGCAGCGCAUCUUGGAGGAGGCUGCUAAUAAGGACAUUCAUGUGGAUGAGGAGGUUGCUAUGGAGACAAGUCAAGUCAGUGUGACUGAGCCACCAAGUGACAACCAGAAGCAGGAUUAAUGGACACUAAAAGGACAUCUGUGGAUUGUAAAGGACAUUUGCUGGGUGAAAAUGAUGGUCACUAAACUGACUUUUGUUUUAUGUUAUUAUACUCAACUUUGGAAAGAAAAAAUCCUUCACGAGAUGAAAUAAAAACAAAAAUGCUUUCGGACUUGCCGUCCAGUAUCUGCAGAA